CAUUUAUCCACACACAUAUAUAGGCAUUCGACUCCUUGUCCGGAGGUGAGCAUUUGCAUGUUCUGGUCUGACCUGGAAUCCAAAAGAAGGGCAUUAGAAACCCCCCGGGAAAGCUGGACAGAAACAAGUACCUCCCUUUUCAGCAUGAUGCAGAGUCCGGGGGGGAAAGCCAGUCCUGCCUCCUAGAAACGUGGAAAUUAGCUGAGGGACAGUUGCUGUGGAUUUUUCUGAUGAGAGUGGGACUGCUUUCUAUCUCCUUGCCCUGGGCAAGUCCUUUGGAAGACUGGAAAAGACGCUCUGGGUGCUGCCAAAUAGUCCAGUAAGUGUGUGUGUGGCCAUGUGUGUGAGGCUACUUGUGUGAGAGAGAAGGAGCCCUGGAGUGUCUGCCGAAGGAAACUUUCCUUGGAUUUUACCCACCGUGUGGCUUCAGCUCUGACAGAAGGAAUUGAAAUAUUGUUCUCCCUUCACUGAAGCAAUUCACGACCUGGAUGGGAUAAAAGAUGAGACCAGAUGACAUCAACCCGAGGACUGGACUGGUGGUAGCCUUGGUCAGUGUCUUCCUUGUUUUUGGCUUCAUGUUCACUGUCUCUGGGAUGAAAGGGGAGACCCUGGGGAACAUCCCCCUUCUUGCCAUAGGACCUGCGAUUUGUUUGCCAGGGAUAGCUGCCAUUGCUCUGGCCCGGAAAACAGAGGGCUGUACAAAAUGGCCCGAGAAUGAGCUCCUCUGGUGCCGGAAACUCCCCUGCUUCAAAAAAUCAAAAGACAAGGAAGUUAUCGAACUGCUGAGGACCCCAUCUGACCUGGAGUCAGGAAAGGGGAGUUCUGAUGAGCUGGUGAAAAAGACAUACCUCAGAGGCACUACUUCCCCAAAGGGAGAGGUGCCUGUGGCCAGUUCUGUCACUACUACCAUUACUACAGGGCAAGAGGAAUGCAAGAGUCUGGUCCAAAAGGUGGAUCAGGAUGAGGCUUCUAGAUACCUGGAAGGGGGCUGUCCUUCAGGUACCUUCCCAGCCUCACGGAGUACCCCCAACUACAGUGCCUUGGAACCAAAGUGCUCUACUUGGGACAGAUCUGACUGCCCGGAACCUGAGGACAGCAUUUUCUUUGUACCACAAGACAGUAUCAUUGUUUGUUCCUACAAGAACAGUCCCUACGACAGAUACUGUUGUUACAUCAAUUCAAGUCAAAUCAGUUGGGACCAUGAGACAAAAGUUUAAAUGAUGCACAAAAGCAUAUUUGUGUUUAUACAAACAUGGCAAAUUUCAGCUACUAAUGGAAAAGAAACUGCACUGCAUGAAGUCUUCAAACUGUUAGAAAUUGGCCUGGUAUGUGAUGGAUGCUCAGACCUCCUGUGCCUGAAGCCCUGUGAAUAAGCAUGUUUAAGGGUUGGGGACUAAUUUUAGUGAGAUAUAAUGUGGUUGAGAGACAUAUCUAAGGGAGAUGAGAAAGUGAUAACGGGAACAGGAAUUCAGAUUCCUAAUCUGUUUAAAUAACAUUGAAUGUCUUUCAAAACUGCUUUGUGGUAUCCGCUAAGAACAAGAUAAAUCAGAAUCCAGCUGUGUAUAAAAAGUAACAAAUGAUAUAUGAGACAUGCUUUCAGCAGGAGAAGAGAAUUUCAUGAUUUCUGAAGAAUCUUGAAAAACCAGUUUUAUGCUUGGUUAUAGUAAAUAAUUAGGUGGGGUUAAAUGCUUAAGAAGAUUUUUAUACUUAUUUAAUUCCCCAAGACUAUCAAGAAAAAUAGUUCUAUUCCUUCUUAGAUGUUCCCUGAGAGUCCAAGGAUAACUUUUCAAAGUUGAUUUAUAGUCCAGUUCUAUGAUGUUCUGGCAAUCGCCAUUCAGGGAAUUGCAUGUGUUAGUUAAAAUGUCCACAGUUAGGUGAAAACUCACAUUUUUUAAAUGUUAUAUCAAUUCUUAAUCCAAUCAUUUAAAGGCUUUAUCUGAAGUGUUUUCAAUAUGCAAUUAUCUUACCUAUAUAAUUUCCUCAUAAAGUAAAACCUGACAUGGAUGAAAGAAUUACAGAGAUUCAAAUUAGUUUUCACCAAAUCAAAAUGAAUUUUUACAAUUACAUACAAAUACCAUUGAAAUUGUGGAUAGCAUUUUCUUGAGAAUUACUAUUCUCCUAUGCUUCUUCCCAUCCAAAGACUAUAUGCAUACACACAAACACAGUAAUUGCUGCAGCUGUGAACAAUGUGCUGAAUUUGCAUGAAACACAUUGAUUUACUAUCUGGAAGCCUAGUGCUUGCAUGCAUGUUCACACAGACCCCAGACAUUGGGAUGUCAUCAGGGUUAAUGGAAUAGAAAACUCUGAUAAACAGAAUUUAAUGAUCUCUUAGCACUUCAUAACUAAGGUCAAUUUUAUUUAACUCAGAUUUCAUUGUUUCUAAGGAAAAAAUGUUUAAUCCACCAUAAUGGACUCUUUAAAAAUAUUCCCCAUGUCAUCUUUUCAGUGCCAAUUGCAUCAGAGAGUAAAGGCAACCAGCCCAAGUGAAAACAAAUGUCUGCUUCAUUGAAAUCUGUGAUUACUGUGGAAAAAUAAUGAUGAGUUUAAUUCUGGGGAAAAGAGAAUCCUACAAACUCCAGAAAAUUGUCAUGUUAGAAUUCCUCACAGGUGUUUCCAGUCAUUCACUUAAAAAUACAUGGGGAAAGGGAGGAAGUGGAUGACAUAAAUUUGAGGGCUAUUUCUUUGGGAUACAUUAGAUCCAAUGUCAUAGUCCUUGCAUAAGGGAUAGAAAAGUUACUAUUAUUUAGACUAAAGGAUUUUACAAGUCACACUUGUCAAAUCCAUUUCAGAUACAUUUAAUCUUUUUUCUGUGCACAAAUGACUUAUCCUAGCUCUGUGACCUUGGGCAAGUCACUUGACCUCUGAACCUCAGUUUCUCAUCUACAAAAUGAGAGGAUUGGACCAGAUCUGAGGUCCCUUCAAUCUCUAGGCAAUCUAUGAUCCUAUCAAAAAAUACUUUGUAUACUUCAAGGAAAUGAUUUAUAAUAAAAUGCAUGCCAAAGAUAAAGAAAUUUGUAUAAAAAACUGUGAGACUGAGUUUCUUAUUGCUGAAAGUAAUUUUGUACACUUGAUUGAAAGUAAAAUUUUCAUAUUACUGACAAUAAUAAUAUAUUGUAACCCAAACUUAUCAGUGUCAGGGAAGGAACUAAGAUUUUAGUGUGGGCAAUUAGGUUGGGGAAGAAAUAUUUUAUAAAUAGUAAUGUAGCCCAAGGUAAUGUAGUAUGUGGAUAUGAAAUAAGCACAAAAAUAAAUCUGGAGACAGAAAAAAUAGAAGUCUUUCAUUGACAUUAUUAUAUCUAUUUCCCCUAGUGCUCUGUUAAUAAAUACAUGAGGACUAUGGGGGCAGUGGUGGUGGUGGAGGUAGUGGUGGUGGUGGUGGAGGUAGUGGUAGUGGUAGCAAUGGCAGCCAUAUUUCCAUGAUGCUACCUUUCUGAAGAUGAAAGUUGGUGAUUUAAUCCUCAGAAAAGAUCUAAUGUGCCUCAAAUCUGUGGUAAAUGUUGAGAUCUUUUAGAAGCAAGUGGGCAAAUCCCAUACAUGGUUAUACAUUGCUGUUCCUUCAAUAUCAUUUGCUCAUUGGGUCUAACAAGAAGGCUCACUUAUGCUAAGCGUUAGUGGACUGCAAUAACCAGUGUCUUUCAUACAUUCUCUCUCCCUUACCAUAUCACCUCCUCUUCCUCCGUGAAACUUCUAGUUAACAAACUUCAGCUCAACUUGAACUACUAAUUUGGUAGUUUAAAGUCAUAUCACAUUAUCAGGUUUCAGAAUCACUAAAUUCCCUAUGAUUCUUCUUUCUUAACACUGUGAUGUGAAGGCUUUGAGCUAAAAUUAGUCCUAAAUUAUUACUUUUUCUCAAAAUAAAAUAAGAAUAUGAGGAUAUGUGAUGUUAUUUUUGAAGUACGAGUCUAAAUCAUCACCACCACUUAUACUGUGAAACAGUGAAGCUCUGCACAAAAUUCACAAUUUCAGGCACUAUAGUCUGAGUGAGGCUGGUAUAUUUUCUUCAGCGUGUUUCUCUUGUGCUUAAAACUGCAACAAUAAAAAAUGGAAAGAAGAAUGAAGCCCUUAAAUAAAAAUUAUGUCCUAAUUUCAACCCACAAUUUAAAUAAAUUGAUCAUUUUGGGCAUAGAAGAUAUUAAAACAUUAACAUUUUCCAGUUAGCAUUGAAGAAAUAGCCUUGGAAAACAAAAGUAUAAUAGCUGCUUUGUAUUUUUUCAGUAAUAAUACUUCAAUUUGAUUUUUUAAUUGAUUUUUCAAUCAGACUGUUAAAAUUUUCUUUCUAUAUCUUCCUACUUUUCUAUUACAUAUUUGUAGAAAUUCCUCAUUUCAAACUGUUCUUUGUUUCAGAGCUGCCCAGGCAGCCAACACUUCAAAGCUAUUGCCUAUUUGGGCAGUUGCUUUAAUCUGUUUUUGUGCUACAGCCUUCUUUUUAGGGUUCUUUUUUAUUUCUUUCUUCAGUGAUUACUACCUAUGGUUUCAGUGGUGAAAGUCCCUAGUAAAAAAGUUUCCUCUAUUAAUAUAGAUGGAUCAGCAGCCAUUCUGCAACCUGGCUCUAGAUAGCUGCUGAGAAGUUUCAUGAUCCAUCCAGGAUUACCAUCAGUAUGUGGUAGAGCAAGACUUGAAUCCAGGUUCUGACUCCAAGUUCUGGAAAUUGUAGUCUCAAUGGCAGUGGUGUCAAAUUAAAAUAGAAACUGGGGACACAACUGUAGGCUUCCUAUUAAUGUGGGAAAUCACAUAUUAACAUUAACUGUGUUCUAUUAUAUUCUUAUUUGUUUUAUUAAAUAUUUCCCACUUAGAGUUUGUUUUUUUUUUAAUCCUUACCUUCUUUCUUAGAACUGAUUCUAAGGCAGAUGAAUGGGGGUUAAGUGACUUGCUCAGAGCCACACAGGUAGGAAGUGUCUGAAGUCAGAUUUGAACCCAGCUUCACUUAGAGUUUAAUGUGGUUCAGGCUGAACUCUGCUGUAGGUAAUGUAUUUUAAAUAUUUGCUCUUCUAUAUAGGGUUGCCUCUCAUGCUUAAAUCUUCCUCUUGCUUCCAGUAGCAAAAUUAACAUGCUCUGUUUGGCAUUCAAAGCCCUUCACAAUCCCUCCUACAUUUCCAUUCUUCUUACACCUUAUGCCCCACCAUAUACUUUUCUGAUCCAGUGACACUGGCCUCCUUGCAGUUCCAUGAACAAGACCCUCCAUCUCAUGGUUCUGGGCAUUCUCUCUGGCUGUCCUCCAAAUGGUUUAUAUGUUGUCUUCCCCAUUAGAUAAUAAGUUCCUUGUCAGCAAGACUGUCUUUUGCCUCUUUUUAUAUCUCCAGUGGUUUCUACAGUGCACAGAGGUAUUAAGCACAAAGGUACUUACUAAAAUGAUUCAUAACCAAUCAACUCCCCAAAAAACUAUUAUCUCAGAGUUAAUAUCAUUUGGGUCCUUAAUUUAAAUUGAAGAGGAGAAAAGGAUAACAGGUAAUGGUAAGAGGGGAGGUUUAAGCCUCCUUUAUAAUCUCUCUCUUUUUUAAAUUCUGUAAAAUCCAACAUCUUAACUCCUUAAAAUUUACUUAUGUAACUAUGUAACUUACAUAACUAUCUGUUGCAUUAUUUUCACGUGAACUGGAAGUUAGAAGCUGUCUCUAUAUAUGUAAAUGACAAGAGCCAGGAAUAAUUCAGGCCAAAAGUCAAAUCCAGAUAAUUUAAUCCAAAAACUAAGACAAAAAAAAGUUAUUUUGACUGGAACUAUAAACUCACUUGCUAAAAGGGUUUAAAUUCAUCUUGGUCCUCCCUUCUCUAUUUCUCCAAGUUGAUGUAGACAUAACAAGAGCCAGUCUCCCAUCUUUGCCAUAGCCAAUGUUUCGAAUACUGAGGUAGGAAGCUUCAUAAGUUUCAGAACCAAGAGCUUUCCUUUGCCAAGUAAGCCAAUACUCACUCGUAUUGUCUUUAGGUAGUGAGGUUGGGUGCUACCUUUUUUUGUCUGGGAUGAUGGGUUUUGUCCAAAAAGCAAAACAGUAAAAAAAAAUAGACAAUGAUAAUUAUUUUGGUAUUGUUUCAACAACAGUUUUCUAAAGUACCUCACUGAAAUACACACAUGUAUGUAAUUGAUAUGUAAACAUGCUUGUGUGUCUACAUUCUACUUGCAUCAAAUAAUGUGUGGGGUUACAAAAUUUAGCAAUAAAAUGGAAAUUCACAUUCU